UAACUCAGCUCUAAAGCUUUCUUCCCUCGGAAUCCUUUCCUUCAGUUCAUAGAAAAAAAAAGGAUGAUCAGUUCCAAGAGACUCCUCAAAUUGGCACAAAAAUGGCAGAAAUUAGCUGCUACAAGGAGAAAAAGAAUCAUAUUACUGCUGAACGAAGAAAUAAACAGUUGUAGCACAUCAGGAAUGGCUGAGAAAGGCCAUUUUGUUGCAUACUCUGCUGAUGGGAAGCGGUUUUUGCUACCUUUGGAGUAUCUUAAUAUUGAAAUUAUCAGAGAACUAUUCAAUAUGGCAGAAGAAGAGUUUGGAUUACCAAGUAAAGGGGCUCCUACAUUGCCAUGCGAUGCUGAGCAAAUGGAGUAUGUAAUUGCUUUGAUCAAACAACAAGUUGCUGGAGAUAUAGAAAAAGCAUUACUGAUGUCCAUAGCUAGUUGCUGUUCAUCGACUUUCUAUCUCCAACAUUCAGAAAAAAGCCAUCAUUUUCCUGUUUGCAGCUUCUGAAGAGUUGCAAUUAGAUUUGUAAAGGAUACAAGCUAGUGUAAAACUGUACGUUGAUACAACUUAUCAUAAUUACCAACUCUUUUUCGUGAUUAA